AUGGCCACCACCAGCAAGCAGGCUCUAGCUCUCGCUUCUCUCUUGAUCCUUCUCACUGGCACCCACAUCAUUGUUGCCGCAAGAGCCCCGGUCACUGUAACUGGCAUUGGUGCUAGAGGAGGCGGCUACGGUGGUGGUGGAGGUAGAGGGGAAGGUGGUGGAAGUGCCAGCUACGGUUAUGGCUACGGUUCACGCUAUGGAGGCCGUUAUGGCUAUGGCGGAGGCAUUGGUGGUGGUGGCAAUUGGGGAGGUAGCGGUGACAUGGGCUCAGGGUACGGCUCAGGUUACGACAGUGGUUAUGGCUCAGGUUACGGUUCUGGUGGUCAAGGUGGCGGGGGAGAUAGUGGAGGAGGUGACCGCGGAUCCGGCUAUGGCAAUGGCGGUGGAUAUGGGUCUGGAGCUAUAAAGUUCAGAGAUUCAAAACCUAAUAGUUAUUACAGCCCUGCUCAACAAGGAGCCAAAGGACAGAACGAAAACACCAGGAAGCUAAAAAACACCAGCCUGCUAGACCAGGAGUACAUCAUGAGGAAGAAGGUCAAGCACGCCUACAAGUCCGUCAAGUAUAACCCCCAGUCGAUAUCCGUCGCCGAGCCCCGGUUCUACUCGGAGCGCUUCCUCAACUUCAUCCACAUCGUCUUCCCGGAAAACUCACCCACCCAAUAA